UUGGAGUGCAUCAAAUUUAAGGUAGAAAUUUUUUUGUCACCUUUUGUUUUCUUUUGUUUUCUUUGAUUUGAUUCAUGUGAAGUUUCUUUUACCAUACGAGUUUACGUCUCCGUUUCAGUUGUUUAGCUAGCUUUUAUAUCUGCUCUUAGUCAUGGGGUUUUUGUGGAAACGAGUCUAAUUAUGACUGUUCUACUUCCGCUGUGAAGGUGCGUGGAGAAAUAAUUGUUUGUCCUUGGUGCAAUUAAAUGAGACUGGGGAGUUUAUGACGAAUUUUUUAUGAAGCGGGAAAGUGUUUUCUUAUAGUCUACGGUUGUUAUCGGGUUCAUGGAGGAUGUAAUGAUUGGGCCGAAAGGCGUAAUCAAGAAGCGUGAAUUUGUAAGGAUUAUCGUUCAGUGUCUGUCUUCUUUAGGAUACGGGAAAUCUGCUGAGUGUUUGGAAUCGGAAUCUGGUGUCUCGUACAGAUCUCCAGAUUUUGAGUCGCUGGAAUCUCAGAUUAUCAAUGCGAAAUGGGACGAUUGUAUUGACAGUCUUAACAAAAUUAAAUUCUCAAGUGAUGAAACAAGAGAUUCGGCGUUAUUCCUGGUGUUCAAGCAGUGCUUGUUGGAGUGUUUAAGUGAUGGAAAUGGUGCUGUAGCCUUGGAAAUUUUAAGGAAGCAGGUCGCUGGGUUGCGGCUUGGUGAAGAGAAGGUCCACAAUCUUGCUUUGAGUUUACUUUCUCUGACGGAUUUGGGAUCAAGUAAGAUUGAUGAUGGAAUUGUUCAAGAGUUACGGAAGAAGCUUCUCAUUGAAUUGGAAAAUUUGCUUCCGCCACCAAUAACUGUUUCAGAAAGAAGAUUGGAGCACCUGGUUGAAAGGGCUGUCGUUGCCCAGAUUGAUAACUGCUUUUAUCAUACAUCAGAUUCCAUAUCAUUGUAUGAGGAUCACAAGUGCAGCCGGGAUAAUUUUCCUACCAAGACCAUUCAGAUCUUGACGGAUCAUAAGAAUGAAGUUUGGUUUGUUCAGUUUUCCAAUAGUGGGGAAUACCUUGCCUCUUCAUCACGCGACUGCACAGCAAUCAUAUGGAAGGUUCUAGAUACUGGCAAAGUAACGCAAAGACAUGUGCUAAAAAGCCACAAAAACCCUGUGUCAUUCGUGGCAUGGAGUCCUGACGAUACAAUGUUGCUAACCUGUGGAAACAUGGAGUUGCUGAAACUCUGGGAUGUCGAAACAGGUAUAUGCAAGCACACAUAUGGCAAUGAUGGUUUCAUUGUCAGUUCAUGUGCUUGGUUUCCUGAUUCUAAGCGGCUCGUCUGUGGCAGUUCGGAUCCUGAAAAGGGCAUCUAUAUGUGGGAUGUGGAUGGUAACGAGAUAAAAGCUUGGAAAGGGGUACGCAUGCCGAAAGUUUCAGACAUUGCUGUCACACCUGAUGGAGAACAUCUUAUCAGCAUAUUCGCAGACAAAGAAAUUCACAUAUUAGAUUUGCAAACUAACACUGAGCGUGUUAUCUCAGCCGACCAUUCAAUCACAUCUCUUUCAGUUUCUGGAGAUAGCAAGCUCUUUAUUGUCAACCUUAAUAGUCAACAGAUUCAUAUGUGGGAUGUUGCGGGCAAGUGGCCAAAACCACGUAAGUACAAGGGCCACAAGCAGCAUAUGUAUGUGAUUCGCUCUUGCUUUGGUGGAUUGAAUUGCUCGUUUGUUGCCAGUGGUAGCGAAGAUUCAAAGGUCUUCAUUUGGCACCGACAGAGUUACUCUCCAAUCGAGAUCCUUUCCGGUCACCUGAUGACUGUGAAUUGCGUGAGCUGGAAUCCUAAGAGACCUCAAAUGUUGGCUUCUGCAAGUGACGAUCAGACUAUCCGAAUAUGGGGCCCAAGUUGUUUAUACUAGAUUUAACCUUGAAACCCUGUAAGUAAUAUUUUGAAAAACAGGUACAUUUUGAAUGUGUACGCAACAGUUUAGUUCUUGAGUGAUUCGUGGAUAUUCGAGGAUGUAGAAUUAGAACAAAAUGAACUUGAAAUGUCAUGUGGAUAUAUGAGAUCGUAGUAACACGAAGUAGAACCCAUGGAUUCACUGUGUAUGCAGGAGAUCGAUCAGUUGAAAUUGGUGAAUAUCUUUUGUUACAUUGAAAAGCACAUUUGAUAUGGAAAAUUCAAAAUUGUUCUUUUUUUUUUCUCCCUUUUUUUACUUUGUAUAUGGUACCCUCGUGUGCUUUAUUUUCACGUUUUCUUUGAGACUGGUCAAGGGCUUUGCUGAUGGGGAUCUACCUGGAGCCUGGCCAGUUAGAAUAAAAAGGUUGUAUAGUGAAAAUUUCACAGAAUAGCUUAUUCUGAAAGGGUUGUGCUCUCUUACUUUCCAGGAUGAACAGAGAAAUGUAACCGCACACCAUACAAAAAUGAAAGUCAUUUUCUAAGUUACAGCACCUAAUUUGAUAAUGAAAAGGAGCCUUUAAGCAAAACCCUUCCUCAGAAGAACUAGAAAUGAUUCAAAUGCAGUAGUACGCGGCAAUUCAAUUUCCCAGUUCAAACAACUGCGACCUUAUUUGCUCAUCCAGCUUAAAACCUGCCAUCUCUGCUUCUAGCCAGACCUCCUUACACUUGGCUAUCCUCCCGGAUUCGAUAUACAUUUGGAUUAUACACAUGUAUAUAUCAAAAGUUGGAGUGAAACCUGCCUCCUUGAGUUUUGAAAAGUAGCGUGCUCCCCUCUGGAGAUCAUUCAAACCCAUAAAGAGUUUCAUUACAACCCGAUAAGCUGGAAGAUCAAAAAGGCAUUUUGCAGCCUCCAUUUCCCAUACAAUAGCCAAUGCCUCCCUGUAUCUCUUCUCGGUAUAACGACUAUGAAUCAUGGUAGUGUACAUGACUACACUUGGGACAUGCCCGGACCUCUUAAACCAAUCAUAAAGUCCCUCUACAAUUUCAAACUUUCCAAACCUUACACAAACUUUCAUGAUUGCGGUACAAUCUUGGCGAUUUAGAUUGAGAUCCUCUCUUCCUGCAAGUUCUUCAAGCAAGCUUGUAACUAGAAAUUCUCUGUCUGGAUUUUUCCCGAGCUUAAGAAUCAACUUGGCAUACACUUCUGAAUCCACUAAUCUAUUACUUGCCCUAGCAGCAGAAAGGAGCUUCCAGGCAAUCUUCAGACUUCCACCUUUGAUAAAGCCCUUCACUAUGGCCUCAUAGACACUCUGACUCACCAUGUUCAAAAACCUAUGAUCCUUGUGCAACAUGAAAGGCAUUUUCAACUCGUGCGAUCUGGCCAACACCUCGACAGUUGAAGCAAGAAUUCGAUCAUCUGGAUACAAAUGUGGCUGCUUUUGAGCCCAGCAGAAAACAAGUAAAGCUCUUUCUGGAAGUCCCAUAUGCCCCAGCUCGCGGAUUGUCAUAGACAAAGAACCUUUACGAAGAAACCGAGCCCAUUUAUCUAGAACUAAAGACACAUUUUUCUCCUCCAGAGGGAGAGCUUUGAUCUCCUUAGCUAAACCAACCAAAAAAGAAGGAUUCUUGUACACUUGAUUUGACAAAGAUUGCCUUGCAGGGGCAACUAAUUUUCUAGAAACCACUUUCUGAGUUGGGAAACCUAUAGGGUUCUUCUUGUAAGGAAGUGGAAGCGGCAAAGGCCUUCUCCUCUCCAAACUUCCAGGCUUCUGAGGAACCCUCCCCUUGAAAAGUGAUGAGAUUGCUUCAAUCUCAUCCUGUUCCCAUACAAUUCCUCCAUUCCCUUCAUCAUUUUCUUCUCCUUCUUCAAAGAGCUUGUCAUCAACAUUGUCCUCAUCCUCAUCAAAAGCCAGACUAUCAAAACUGUCAUCAUCUCGUAUGAUGUCAUCAGCAAAAGGGCUAGACACCAAGCUAAGACCAUUCAGGCAGGAGUCAGGGGGAAGCUUGGUUCGUCGUGGAUAACGCAGAUUCUUGGGAGGUUUUCUAUGAUAAACUUUGGUGUCCUUACAACAGUGAAACUGUCCCUUCAAAACCAAGCUUCUCCCAGAGCUGCUAGUGUAACUGCUACAAAGGACAGGCAUUGUGUAGAAAAACACAUGAAACCCCUGUAACUAGCUGGGUCAGAAUCUGGGCAAAUUGGCAGUAAACCAAACCGAGCACCUUGAUUCCACGCGGGUUCCCAUUUUAUCCUGAUGAUCUUCUCUGGAACAUUUUGCCGAACACCUUACGUUCCCUUUUGGACGCCGGACUGUCAGAACUAACAACGCUUUAAAAUUACUCGUGAAUUUUAGAUAAUAGGAGCAAGGAGUUCAGGAAAAAAUUAUGCAAUAACGACAAAGCCAAUAAAGGGCCCAGACUAAGCCAGCCUCUUCCUCUAAUUGUUGGUUUAGACUUUAGAGAAGUCAAUGUUUAAAUUUUUCAAAUAGAUUCUUGAUUCGGGUCUAGUUUACAACUUUAUACUCUGCAAUGAAAACUGACAAUGAGCGUGCUUGUGUGUGAACAUGAAAAUUUUAAGGUGAAGAAUGAAAUUUGUUGAUUACACAACCACA